GUUUCAGUGGAGCUGUGCACAGUCGAAGAAGAAACCUGUCUGCGAGACCUGCUGGAUACAGAUGACUUGGCUGCUCAGAGGAAACGGGUCGGAACAGUUAAGAGCUCGUCCGUUUUCGUUUCAACACAGACUAGACCGUCACACGGGAGCUGCAGCAGUCCUACACAUUUCUAUGCAGGCGUGAAAUGUAGCGAUCACUGACCAGUCAAAGUCCUCUUUGCAUUUGUAUUACAGGAGCGCUAAUGUAGUCCUAAACAAGAUAUUUAAAAAAAUCGUUUGAAUUAUAUCAAGAUGCAGCCUUAAGCCUUCUGAUACACAACCUUUAAACAAGUUUCUCAGUCCUACAAUUCCUGUGGAGAUGGACAGCAACACUCCCUAGUCGAAGGGACGAGAUGGGAAAAUGGGAGUUAACAAUGAACCCAGUGCAGGAAUGGGGUGAGGAGUAUGAGGGCGGCGCAGUUUAUGGGGUCACCCUGCGUCGAGAGCCUGUCCCCUCCUCCAGCCCCGCUGAGACGGGUCCGUGCUGCGCUUUCAUCCAGUACCGAACCUGCAAGGUGCGGCGCCUGAAGGCUGCUACCCUGGACAAGCUUGUGAAUCACCUCCUCGACCCUGGGUGCCAGGAGCUGGACUACAGCAGGAUCUUCCUCUCCACGUACAGAACCUUCGGUGAAACCUCAAAGCUCAUUGAGAUGCUCUUCCAGAGAGACAGUGCUGCCUCUGAUUUAGACAACAGUGAAUGCUACAGCAGCCCUCUGUUGGCCUUUGUCCAGACAUGGCUGGAUGAGUACAGUGAGGACUUCAGGGACCCUCCUCUGCACGCAGCCCUCAGGCUGCUGUUGGAUCACCUAAGGAUCAGCUCUGCCGUUCAUGACAACAUUCGCUGUCAGCCGAACUAUUGCUCGUUGGCUGGUCAAGCUGAAGCACUGCUCAAGAGGUUUCAGAAUGAAGAAGCUGGGACAAAUAUCGGUCCUGCCCCGGCUGAAGAUGAUCAUGAAGAGGAGGGUUCUGGUGAUGAAGAUUCAGGAUGUGAUAACUCUCUGGAUCAAGGUGGCAUCAUGGAUUUCUCUGCUGCAGCUAUUGCUGAACAGCUCACCCAAAUGGACUCUGCUCUGUUUGCCAAAGUGGUGCCAUACCAGUGUCUGGGCUGUGUGUGGUCGCAAAGAGACAGAAAGGAAAACAUGUCUCCCACCAUCAGAGCCACCAUUGCACAGUUCAAUGCCAUUACCAACUAUGUCAUCAUGUCCCUGCUCUGCCGGCCAACAGAUGCCACCCUCAGCCCCCCUUCCUCUCUCCAGACCCCCACUACACCAGCUCAACGGGCUCGCAUCAUAGAGAAGUGGAUCAGAGUAGCACAGGAAUGUCGUCGACUUAAGAACUUCUCCUCUCUCAAGGCCAUCCUGUCAGCUCUUCAGUCUAAUGCAGUUUACAGGCUGAGAAAGACCUGGGCUGCUGUUAGCAGGGAUAGCCUGGCCACGUUUGAUAUCCUCAUCGAGACCUUCCCUGAUGAGAACUGUGUCCUGACUAACAGAGAGCUCCUGGUGGAGGAUCGAGGCCAAGCAAGCGUGGAUAACAUUUCUCCAAAGAUAUCCAAGAGGAGUCCAGUCCCCAGACAGAUGUGUACCGCCAGUGGAGUGGUUCCUUACCUCGGCACAUAUCUGACCGUCCUCACCAUGCUGGAUACUGCUCUGCCCGACACUGUGGAGGGUGGGCUCAUAAACUACGAGAAGAGACGGAGGGAGUUUGAGGUUCUGUCACAGAUCCGUGUGCUGCAGGCGUCCUGCUCCCAGUACAAUCUGCCAAAUCACCCCAGAAUUGCUGCCUGGCUGCAGGGACACAAGCUGCUCACUGACCAGGAGAGCUAUGAACGGUCAAAGCAGCUGGAGCCUCCAGUGGACUUGUGCUCGCCUACUCCAUGGAGCCAUCGCACGCUGACAAAGAAACUCUCCUCUCUCCUGACAGUGAAUGAUGGAUCUAAAAAAGUUCCUGCUGAUCAGAUCAGCGUUUCAUCUUCUGGAUCCAGUGAGCUGGAAGAUCUCUCCUCGCCAAACUCAGCGUGUUCCAUCAGACUGCAGUCGUUUCACAACUCCUGCAACGUGUCCGAGGCUUUCUCUUCCUCCUCCUCUUCUUCUUCCUCCUCGUCCUCCUUUUCCUCCCCUUUCUCAUCCGAGGCUUCCUCACCAGACUCCCCUACUCCCUCCACCUCCUCCUCCUCUUCCUCUGACUGCCAGACGGCUCCCUGCACUCCAGCAACAUCCUGUGGCGGUGCUCGGCCGAAGCCUGCCCAGGCCUCCCACCACAAACGCUCUGUGUCCAUGACCUCCCUGCCCGUGUAUAACCGCCAGGUGGCUGACUCCUGUAUAGUCAGGGUCAGCGUGGACCUGGGGCAAAACAACGGAAAUAUGUACAAAAGUAUUCUGUUGACCAGCCAGGACAAAACUGCACAGGCGAUUCAACGGGCACUGGAGAAACAUCAUCUGGAGCACAUGAACUGGAGAGACUUCACACUGUCCCAGGUCAUCACGCAGGACAGAGAGUUGCUCAUACCAGACAAAGCAAAUGUCUUCUAUGCCAUGUCCACAACGGCAAACUUUGACUUUGUUUUGCGCCAAUUCCACAAAAGCCAGAAGAAACCGCUGAGAGCCACGUCGAGUCUCGGACGAUACACAAAGUAGAGCCUCAUGUCAACAGAUUCUGCACCUGGAACAUCUGAGUUCAUGGAACACUGCUUUAAAAACAGUCUUUUACUUUUUCUAUUUUCCAAGGAAAGUACAGUCUCCACAAUGAUCCGUCCUUUUUUUGGGCACAAACUACUAUAUGUGAUAAUGCAAAGCACUUUAAGAAGAAGAAGAAUGGAAACUAAUGAAACUUUUUUAAGAACACAUCUGGAUCAGUCAGCUUUUAUUUCCUGUUGGAAGAACUAGGUAAUAACCCUUAAAAAAGCUCGACUGAAACCUUUUUAUGUUUUGGUUAGUGCUCACAUGGAGUGAGUCGAUCAAUGCGAUUGAUUUCCUGCGGUUAGGUGUCACUUCCAUUAACUGUAAGGACAUGAGCACACAUUCCCCCGCAGAGAGCAACACGUGCCCACAGCAGUGACCUAUUUAAACAUGAGCACUGUGAAAUGCCUGGCCUUUACCCAACGCAGCUGGCAGCCACUCACAACCUGUGUGUUUAAAAAAGGGAAUGGGGGUCGGAUGCUGUGUGAAGGGCCUACAGUGAGUGAUGAACUCCCCGGGACCCCUCUGCAGGUUGUCGUCCACUCAAGACGAGAUAGCAGGGUGUGCUCGUGUGUUGCUGUGCAGAUGCCAUCAGAUGAGUGGGUGGGGACUAGAUCACCAGAGCUCACAGUGUUCCCACUGAGUUUCAGCACACAUUUGCAGUGACACUCGUCGUGUGUGACUGGCAGCCCCGACUGGAAAGAUGGCAUUCCUGAGCCCUGCGUAACCAUGGCGGCUGCAGAUACGUGAAGGGACUGUACAGGAUGUGCACUCACCAUUUUAUCUAGACGAUAGGGGUGACCUGAUUGUGCUCUAGAUGUUAAUCCAAUGACAUGCUGAGAUUGACUUUUAGAGUUGUGAUUUUUUUUCUCAUGUCUAAUAUUUAUUGUCACUGUAGAUUCACUUUGUUGAGAAUUGCACCUUUCUUUAUAUAAUUCUAACAUUGUAAUGACUCACUAUUUGGUUUUCAGUCCCCUCCCUUCACUGAUUGCAGCAUAUUUAAAAAAAAACCCCAACUCAAAGCAGUUUACUUUGAACCUGCUAAUUGUAUAUUCUGAGAUGUCUAUGGUUUCCGAUGAAUAAUGAGAACACUUAAAAUGUUAGUGAAGUUUUUUUUACUUAACUUAAAACUGUAUUUAAAUAAUAUUGCUCUGACUUGUGAAGGCUCGAUGUAACGGGUGCUUAAAGAGCUUGAUUUUGAGCCAAUAGAGGAGUUUAGAAUAUAACAUUUCAAAGACGUCAAUCGAUGCCAGGAGUCUAACGACAUGGUUGAUAAUGAUCAUAUUUUCUUACAGAUAAAUAUGAAGGGUGUAUUUGAGAAGAGAAUGACUUGCACAAUGACCUGACACACUUUGUAAAAUUGAAAGUUUUCUCCUAAAAAAAACC